CAAGAUGGAGGCUGGUGGUAGCAGUGAGGAUCGACUCCUGAGGCUCAGGCGCUCUUUGCAGCAAGGGGUAGAGCCCCGCGACCCGCAGCUGCCUCUCGCAGGGAGCAGAGGGCAGGCCGAAGAGUCUGCAGCUGUAGAGAAGAAGAAGCCUCUUACCAGACUGAAUAUUCAUUCUGCGUUCUGGAUUUUGUCAUCGAUUGCUGUGACAUACUACUUUGAUUUUUAUAAAGCUGUCAAAGAAACUCUGCAAGCAGAUAGUUGGUGGCUUGCCUCUGGCAGUUUUUUAUUGGCUGCUUGUUUAUCUCUUGCCUUAUACUGCAUUCUGUAUCUUGAGUGGUAUUGUGGAAUUAAGGACUACGAUGCACAGUAUCCAGCACUGAUACCUAUCACAACAGCUGCCUUUAUUGCAGCAGCAAUUUGUUUCAACGUUGCCUUUUGGCCCAUCUGGUCAUUCAUCACACCUGUGUUGCUCUUCGUUCAGUUUAUGGGUGUUGUAAUGCUCGUUUCGCUUCUGGGAUAAGUCCUUCAGAGUCUUUGGUUUUAAGUAUGCUGAUAUAAUUUCUGUGAUGAGCAAUUCAGAUCAACUUGCCAUCUGGAAAACUGCCAGAUAUCAGGAGUUCUUUAUUCUUCCUUAAAAAACAACCAUUCAAAGGCAAAGCCAGAUGUUUUGACUUGAAAAAAAUAAUUCUCAAUAACUGCCACAUUGAAAUCAGGUUUUCACAUCUUUUGUUAAGAUAUACUGUUCAAAUGAAUCCUGCAAAACUGAAAAAGCUUAAGGAAGACAUCAAAAGACAGCUAAGUAAAUAGGGCAAGGGAUGUCCCCUCUGUCACAGGUGUGUACAUCAUCCAGUGAAUGAAGUGCCUCCUUCAUCAGCUCUUGUUUGCUGUACUUUUCAAGGGAAUGUGGGGGAGCCUGUUUGGUAUUGCGCACCAUCACAAAUCCUUUCCAGUGAGGAAGUCCCUCAGCAUUUUUUUGAGUGCAGCAAGAAUGAGACAGUGCUGGAUUUUGAGUGUAGCCUCUUGUAGUGUCAGAUUUGUAGGCAAAAAAAUAUUUAAUGGCUGGGACAUUGAAACACAGAUCUUUCAUUGCAGAAACAAACUGAAACUAGCAUUGCAUUUUCCCCGUUUUCUAGCUAUCAGGAAACAAUUUUUUUUUUUAAGGAGGCAAUUAAGUUAGGUCAUACUUUGACAACACCUAUAGACUUCUGAAAAAUACAAUACUUAAUUCAGAAACUCACUACUGUAUUAUGUGAGCUUCAGUCACACAAACUUCUUCAAAUAAGGUUUGUUUGUUCUGUCAUCGGCUAUGUUCUGUCUGAGCACUGGAAGGUUGUGGGGAAGGGACACAUUUCAAUGUGCUAGAGUUGAUCAUAUUAACAGGCUAGAACAACCAUUCUGCAUUCAUUUAUGCUUAGAAAGUAAGAAGUACAAGUGAAUUACAGAUAUCUUGAACAGCUGAACCUUACAAAAACCUUCUGGUUUUCUGUGUGAACAGUGAAGUAAAUUCUGUUAUACUUCAUUCUGUAUUAGACCAAAUAAUUAUUGGCCUAAUAAUGCAUUAGGCCAAUAAUUAAUGCUAAUACAUUAACUAAUCUAUCUCAAAUUAGUACAAGAUACGAGACACAGUCUGUGCAAUAUGUACAACCUUACGGGAUCUUUGUUGAAGCUGGAUUUGUUUUUUCUUCUCUUUUAGCUUCAUGUGAAGGACAUGAGUAACUGCAAAGUGGAUGUCACUUUUGUUACAUUCCAGUACUUUUAUUAUUUCUAAUACAGUUUGUUUACUCUAAUACCAUAAGGUUGUUUGAUUUGAGAGUAAUUGACUCUUCAUUUCAAGUGUAGUGGGGUUUUAAUACUUUAUUCUUUCUAUUUGAAUUGACAGAUAAAAGAUUGUUAUCUAGAAUCAAUAUUUGUACGUGUAGAUUUAUCCAUAGAUCACAUGGGAGACAUUUCUUGAUCUGUUAAAUUUCUAAUGUUACAUGUGUUAUAUAGGAAAUAUUUUAUUACCUAAUCUCUUGACUUCAAAUCUAGCAGUGUUUUAUGAAAGAGUUGGAUGGGGUAAGGGCCUAGAAAGCUGUUUGACGUUUGGCAGUGCCAUCGAUGAAUUUAAUAGAUUCUACUUGUGCUGAUCCAGUUUGUCCACAGCCAAAGACGGAUGAUCAGACUGUGAAUAACCAGCCAUGUUGAACAAUGUCAACACUACACAAGAAGUUAAGAGCACUAAAUAAAUGCUUUUGAUGUAUGCAGUGUUUUUCAGUGGUCAGGAUGGUUUUCUCCUGUGAAUUAUCUUUUCAUUCUUAGCAGUGCCUGUUAAUGAAGUUGCCAUUUUUCUCCUUCAGCAAUAAAGAGGCUGAUAUUAACUUGAAUGCUAUUAGUCACAUACAGGUAGGAAAAUAAAGUAACAUUGUCUGUUCACCUUGACAGAGAUACUUAUGUAUCUGGAAACCUGGGCAUCAUCUAAUUGCUAGGCCAUUUUUAUGCGUUAAACACUUUGACACCCACACCUUUUGGAAGAUAGGAGAAUAUAGAAGGUGGGUAUUAAAACUUCCUAAAAUUUACUCCUUGUGACUGUUGCUUGGAAGUCCGGACUGUUAGAGGAGACUGUGUUCUUUAUUCCAACUUUUAAAUUCACACCAUUGCUGAACACAAAAUACGUGAAAUGUUCAGUAAUGAAAAAUACAGACAUUGUAUUUAGCAGCUGCUGUUUCAUUAAGGAAAAAAGUUGCUGUUAGUAUUGCAGUACAAAGGAUCAGUCAAACCCAAGUAAAAUAGAUACUUCGCUACUGUUAAGUAGCUUUAAGUAGUUAAGCAGAGUAAGUUAACAGCUUGAUUCAUUUAAAUAUCAUGUUAGAUUUUCCAAAAGCAGCUGUACUUCAUAGCUUAAAAGAGCAAAUUGCUUAUCUCCAGGACUUCAACAAAUUUUAACAAUUUUACAUCUGCAUACACAGGUACAUUUGAGUAAUUUUGUUUAUAACAGUAUUUAAAAUGCACUUUUGCUCAGGGAUGGUACUUAUCACUGUAUUUUUAUU